UAUUAAAUAAAAUCAUAUCAGUGAUUUACCAGCACAUAAUCUCGCUCAGCCAUGGCCACGCCUUCCAUGGCCAUUACUCUCAAUUCCAAUACUACCCCUAUUAAACAGGAACACCAACACUCAUCACCUCCGCCUCCACAACAACCACCAGUUGUCAAAACUGACCCACCGGAUCUCCUAAUCGAAAUAGCACAACAAUCACCUUCAACGCCCAAAGAACCUCAAUUCUUGAAAUCAAUUAACGACCUAACCAAUUUAUCAGCCGCAAUUGAUACUUUUAAACGACGGUACGAUGAGUUGCAGAGUCACCUCAAUUUCAUCGACAACGCAAUCACCGCCCGCUCCAACGAACUCGAACAAAAGACGCAACGACUGCAACAAACUCAAACAGAAAAAGCAAAAACGCCGUCGCCGGAAACUGUAGCUGAAAUAACAAAAGUAACGGAAACUGAAACCGCUGCUGCGGCAGCACCAGCAACGGAAAAACCGGAAAUAAGGAGCUUGUGUCAAAUGAUGUGUGGAAGAGGGUUGCGGAAAUAUAUAGUUUCGAAUCUAGCCAGUGUGGAGAAGCUUCGAGAAGAAGUUCCGGCAGCAUUAAAAUGUGCACCAAAGCCGGCUAAAUUAGUGUUAGAUUGUAUAGGGAGGUUUUAUUUACAAGGUAGUAAAGCUUAUGAGAAAGAGUCUCCGAUGAUUACAGGGAGAGAAGCGUCGAUUUUGGUUUUGGAAUUUUUUUUGUUGAUUAGUGAUCAUGAGAAUGCAAUGGAGGCUGCGGUGAAGAAAGAGGCGGAGCAGGUGGCUGUAGCGUGGAGAAAGAGAUUGAUUAGUGAAGGUGGUGUGAGGAAUAGCGGCGAGAUUGAUGCCAAGGGUUUGCUGUUGUUAAUUGGAGGGUUUGGGAUACCGAAGUUGUUUAGUGAUGAGGAUGUUUUUGAUUUGGUUAAGUUGAGUAAUUCGAGGCAGUUCGCUGAUUUGGUUCGAAGAUCGCGGUCUCUUGUUACUAGGGUUACUGAUAUCAUAGAGGGAAUGAUGAAGAAAGGAAUGAAAAUUGAAGCCGUUGAUGUGGCUUGUAUAUUUGGAAUCGAGGACAAGUUUCCUGCUCAGAAUCUAUUGACUUUAAUUUUGCAAGAGUCUAGAGAACCAUUGAAGGGUAGAAAAAGAAAAGCAAAUAAUUCACCUGCAAUACAGUUAGAGAAAGAGGCAAAGGAAAAGCAAUUGAUUGCUCUGAAAUCUGUGGUGAAGUUUCUUGAAGAACACCAGCUUGACCCCACAAAGCUUCUUCCUGGUUGGCAACUUGAAGAUAAGACAACAGAGCUGGAGAAAGAUAUUGCUGAUCUGAAUAAAAAAAUAGGCAAGCUGCCUUUGUCAAAGAGACCGGAAAAUGUGAAUGAGGUGACAAAUUACUGGAAGAGUCAAGAAAUAAAACGUCGACGACUUGCAGAGAAAGGUUCACCCCUGGUCUCUCCAGGUGUGAGGUUGCCUGAUCAAAUAGCUGCUAGCUACAUGAAUGGACAGAGCUCAUAUAACAGUGUGAUGCGACUGAAUGGUGGAUUCCCUGGUCAUGUCAACAACUAUCCUGCUGGCACAUCUGCUAUGUAUGGAUCUAGUAUAGGGCCUUUUCCUGAAAAUGUUCUGGGCACAUCAGCAAGUGGAAUUGGUCUGUCAGCUGCAUAUGGUGGAUCUGCUGGAGUUCACAGGGAUAUGCUAGUUGAUGGGACAAGGCAGAUAAAAGGUGGCAAUGUUCCACAAUAUGCAUGGCAUAGGGCUGGGGAUACUGCCCUAAAUGAUGGGUCAGUGGGACAUUGGCAUCCUGCAUCUGGUUUGUUUGGACAAUCAUCCUCAAUAGAAGGCUUUGGAGGUUUGCUGAAUUCCCCACCUGCUGUUGCUGCUAAUGGAAGCUCAGCCCCAGACCUGUAUGGGUUUGCUGAUGCUCCCUCUCUCGCUGCUAAGCAGGGUGCAGCCUCAGAUCUUUAUGGGUUUGCUGAUGCUCCUACUGUCACCGCUAGUCAGACUGCAGCCUCCAAUCUCUACAGGUUCCCUGGUGCAGUUGCAUAUGGCAGUACUCGGCAUACUGGUCCAUUGCCUCGUGGCUUGGGAUCCCACCAUUCAUCUUACAUGCGUUAAAUAAGUUCAGAUCUUUUCGUCCUUUUAAGUUAUACAUGACAUCUAACUUUCUUUACUGCAAAAUUCGGUGGAAACAUGAUAUCUAAGUUGCUACAAGGGAGCUCAGGAUGUUAGAUUUCUCUAUCAUUGCCUUGGGUUUUGACUGUAAAGCGAACACAAACCUUCGCAAUAAAAAUGGAUGUAAAUAAUGAUCUGUCUGUAGACUACGCACUUCUUUCUCAACGCUGCAGUUCAUUCUGCAAGUGCUACAAUUCUUAA